UCGUUGGUCAACGUAAAAUGUUGUAAGCGCUUUUUGGCUGACGUUUUUGUUGUUGUCGCUUUUUGUUAUUGUUAUUGUGAUUGUUGUCGUUGUUGUUGCUGAUGGCUGCACCAAGUGGACGGCUGAUGGCGACAAUGCUACUCACCUUAGUACUGCUCCUAGUUCAGUCACACGCAUUGGAGUUCAUGGAUGCCGAUGACUCAGCAUUGGAGCAUCACGACGAUGUUGGCGGAGAUUCUGCCGAGCUGCCGGCCAACUUUCACAGCUAUUCGAGAGACACCAUCGCCAAUUUUAAUCCCCACAAACAGGACGCACACUUUCGCACCCUCUGGGAGCGUGUUCCUCUCCAGAAGCAGGAUGUGAUCAAGCGUAGAUAGCUUAAAUAUGAAUUGGAUUUUGUAUAACAUAAGUACUUCAUACUUUCAUAUUCAUAAUUGAUCUAAAGGCAAAUAUCAUUUCACCCUCUAAUACCCAAGAGUAAUGUGAGUCACUCAUCAUAUAAUUUGUAUUAUGAUGGAAAACAACUAGAGGUUUGAAGGUCAUUUGAAUUAUGAUUGUCAGUUGUCAGUUGUCAUUCAAUAAUCAAAAUUGCCAACUGACAAACUGAAUUCAAAUCACUUAAAAGCGCCUUGUUUUUUAGACAUACAAUACAAAUUAUGUGAUGAGUGCCUCACUCUUGGGUUAAGUCAUGGAAGCAUAUAACAUAGAAUAUAUUCUGGAAAUAAUAGUCAUAGGCACCUAAUGUAGAUAUGUGUAUUUUUUUCUGCUUUUUUUUUUUUUGUUUUUAUAUCGUAAGUUGGUGGAAGAUGACAUCUUCGAAAGUAUUUUAUGUACUAUAAACCAUUCAUAUAAUUUAAGUCUAUCAUUUAUCAAUCUCAAUCACAAUUGUUCUGUAUUUCUAGUCCCAAUUUAUAUUCUCAAUAUAUGUUAGCAUUGUGUAAUAUCUGCUCUUUGUCAAAGAAAACAAAAUGAAUCAGUUUUGACACUUUCCGUAUUAUUAUUAAGAAUCACUCACAAAAACACUCACGAAUAAAUUGAAUGAUUUUGAAAAAAA